UCGCGCAAGAUAGACAAAUGUUUAUGCCUAUUUCGUCAAAACAAGCCCACCGUAUCUAUCUUCUCUCACACACCCAAACCCAAACCCAAACCCAAACACCGAAUGAAAAAAAGCUUUCACUUGUUUCUCUCUCAACCUAGUCUUCUGAUCUUAGUUCUCUAGAUUCGAAACCUAGGGUUUGAAUAUCGAAUUGAAACCGAAUCCUGAAUUUUGAUCUGCGAAAAUGGCGGUGAAAGGGAGGUACGGGCGAGGUCCAUCUCGGAAAUCUUCUCAGUCGACGCUUGUGAUCGCUAUGCUCAUCAUGUUGUCGUUCCUCAUUUUGAUUCUUCUGGCUCUCGGAAUUCUCUCGAUCCCUAGCACUUCCAGAAACGCCCCUAAAGCAAAUGAUCUUAGCUCGAUGGUUCACACCACUGUGGAAAGAAGUGAUGAAGAUGAGGAGAGAGGAGACCACUGGGUUGAACUUAUCUCUUGGGAGCCUAGAGCCGUCAUUUAUCAUAAUUUCUUGUCCAAGGAAGAAUGUGAGUACCUAAUCAACCUUGGUAAGCCUCAUAUGAAAAAAUCAACAGUUGUUGAUAGUGAAACCGGCAAAAGUAGAGAUAGUAGGGUACGUACAAGCUCUGGGACAUUUCUGGCUAGAGGACGUGAUAAAAUAAUCCGGGACAUUGAGAAAAGGAUUGCAGAUUUCACCUUCUUACCUGUUGAGCAUGGUGAAGGACUUCAACUUUUGCACUAUGAAGUGGGUCAGAAAUAUGAGCCUCAUUAUGACUACUUUCUUGAUGAGUUUAACACUAAGAAUGGGGGUCAACGCAUUGCUACAGUUCUCAUGUAUCUCUCAGAUGUUGAAGAAGGGGGUGAGACAGUGUUUCCUGCUGCCAAAGGGAAUUUUAGUUCUGUGCCUUGGUGGAACGAGCUUUCUGAAUGCGGAAAAGGAGGGCUUUCUGUUAAACCAAAGAUGGGUGAUGCAUUGCUUUUCUGGAGCAUGAAGCCCGAUGCAACUCUGGAUCCCUCAAGUUUACAUGGUGGCUGCCCUGUUAUUAGAGGGAACAAGUGGUCCUCUACAAAAUGGAUUCGUGUCAAUGAGUACAACAUUUGACCUGUUUACUGUGCAAAAGGUUCGAAAAUUAUUUUUUGAUGCAUCCAAAAUUGUACAAUGUGUAACAAAUCCAGUCAUAGCUUACCAGCAGCUCCUCAGCUAUGCGGCAUCAAGUUUAUGAUGUAACCUCAUACCUAGUUUGAGGUUUUUUCUUCCUAGUCAUAUAGUUUCAUGCUUUGAUACCAUCAAUUUUGAUGUACAACUACCUCAGUGCUAACUUUUUUUCUCUAAAGCCAAUCAUGUUUUUAUCUAUAGAAUAAAGGUUGGGAAUCCUCAUUUGGAUUCAAACUUCAAACUGCAAGGGUUUUGGCUUGCCUGAACAUUGAGGGAUCGAGUUUCCCAUUAUCGAUUUAUAAACACCUAUAUUUAAAGCCAGAAUAUAUGUAAAUUGGACGUAAAAAGUGUUCCUUCCCAUUUUUUCUUUCUAGUCUGCUGUGAACUUAAUUAUAGUCCCCCUAAUGGUAUGGUGCUUUUGGAAUAUAUGCUCCAUGUUAGACUGCUAUGUG